AAGCGGCAAAACGGUCUGGAAUAGAACGACCCCGCAGGGACGAUCAGUCGAUAGUGUACCGUCGCGCCGAACGCAUCUCGAUCGCGGAGUUUCAGUUGGAAGUCCAAGUCCAAGAGUCGUGCCGAGCCUAGAACGAAGUGAAGAUCGUUCCGUAGUUCGCAAAUCAGCUAACAAACUACCACACCAUGGAUGAUCUCCCCCCAGAGCAGAUUGCGAUCCUCCAGAAGGCGUUCAGCAGCUUCGAUCGCGAGAAGACGGGUAGCAUCUCGUCCGACACGGUGGCGGAAAUUCUGCGGCUGAUGGGUCAGCCCUUCAACAGCAAGAUCCUAGAAGAGAUGAUCGAGGAGGUCGACGAGGACAAGUCCGGCCAGAUCGAGUUCGCCGAGUUCGUCACCCUUGCCGCGAAAUUCAUCGUUGAGGAGGACGAAGAAGCGCUGCAGAAGGAGCUCCGCGAAGCGUUCCGUCUCUACGACAAGGAGGGCAACGGGUUCAUUCCAACCUCCUGCCUGCGGGAGAUUCUGCGCGAGCUCGACGAUCAGCUGACGAACGACGAUUUGGACAUGAUGAUCGAAGAGAUCGAUUCCGACGGCUCCGGCACGGUGGACUUUGACGAAUUCAUGGAGAUGAUGACUGGUUAAGGAUUAUCGUUUCUUGGAAGCUCAGCGUCCUCGUGGCCGCCAUUCUGCCGUACACCACGGAGCCAUCUCCCGACAUCCAUUUCUUAACCCGUAUUUAUUCAACUCCGAGAUCAUCAACCGUCCAACAAUUUCCACACAAUCCAACACAUCCUAGAUGUCGCUCAUACGUCAUAAACACUCACACACAUACACACACACACAAGAUGCAUUAAAUUAUACCGAGUUCGAGAGCUCCUUGGAGAUGCCAUCAUCCUCGAGUCGUUAUCACCGUUGGCGCUGCAAGCGGAACUGUAUUUUUUGAAACCAUUUUUGGAUACAUUUAUCCCUUUAUAAGAUCAAUUUUUUGUAUAAAAUAGUCAACGCUCGUGUUAGCGCGUAGCGAAACGUUUUACGGGACUGCCGUGAUGUCGUAGAAAGAAGCAUAGUCUACUCCGUUCGGCUUGUUGAAGUUUCUUUCGAUGCGACACACAAUACUCCACCGGGUCGUCGGGUUUCGAAGGAAAUUUUAUCAGUAUUUGGCACUCACUGCCGGAUGCUGGGGUGAAAAAUAUGUUUAAAUACAGAGAGAAGCGCGACUCGUUUUAUUUACCCAUUCUAUUUUUCUUUCUGCUUUCGGCGGGUCAAUUGUAAGCCCAUUUUUCAAAAAACGUUAACUGAGCGGUAUUCGUUUUUCUGUACUGUAUUAAUAAUUUGUAAUAAAGCUACGAUCGAU